UUAGAUGACACUUCAAUGUUAUGUGUGCGUUGUCGAUUCCGUGUCAAAGAAUAUAUUCCGCCGGCAUCAGAGGAAGAGGAAAUUAUUUCAAGUCAAAUUAGUGUUGAAAGUCUGAGUAUAUCAGCUGAAAUUAGUACUCAAGGAAGCAGUUUAUCUCGAACUGUCAGUAAUUUUAGCGACAAUCUAUGUGAUUACAAUGAUCAUUCUUUAGAGCGAUUUUUGAAAAUUCCUCUUAUUGAAAAAGACAGGUUAUAUUCUGAAAAAAAUUAUCGAGUAAAAAAACUUGAUGAGAGCUAUGCUGACCUAGAGAAUAAGUUCCAAUCACAAUUUGGAAUAGUACCUGAAUCUACCAACAGAAAGAUUAAUCAAGAUCAUUGUUCCAUGAUAGCUAAAGUGAAGAAAUUAUAUAACGCUGAAAGUGACAAAUCAAUAAAAAAGAAGCUGCUUUCAAUUUUACCCGACAGUUGGGAAGUCAGUCGUAUAGCAUCUGAAUUUAACUGUUCUCGAAAAAUGGUACUGAAUCUUAAAAAUGAUAUCAGUGAAUCUGAGAAUGUUGAUUUAGACUCUGGUGAAAUGACUACUAAUACUUUGAAUCCCACAAAAGCUCUAGGCAAUCAGCCGCUUAAGUUAGAUAAGAUAUCGAGGUAUUUACCAGAAAACCAACAGUUUACACCGGAGGUACUUCUGAAGGCGCUGCCGAACCUUAAAUACAUAAUAGACCUCACAAAUACAACGCGGUACUACGACAAGCAGGAAUUUUUGAAGCUCGGCCUCAUGUACAAGAAAGUUCCGGUAGAAGGGAAGCGCGUUCCAAUUCAGCGAGAUGUUCUCAAAUUCUUCCGGGCUAUGGAGCAGUUUACCAAAGACGCCAAAGAUGACGAACUAAUCGGCGUCCACUGCACCCACGGACUAAACCGCACAGGUUACCUGGUCUGCCGUUUCCUGAUCCAACAGCAGGGCUGGGACAUCACCGAGGCGAUCAAAGCUUUCGAGGACGCCCGUGGUCACUCGAUAGAGCGUGAGAAUUACGUUUUGGACUUGAAGGCCUGUAGCCACAAGAAGAUCAACACCUCUGAAGAUUUGCUGGACGUUAUCCGUAAGGACUCCAAGCAUCCGAAGCGUAAUAACAAUUCUAGGGACCAAUUAAGUAUCAAUUGGCGGAAACAUGAGCCUCCUCCAGUUCCAGUUCCAGUUUUUGCAGAACGUCGUCGUGAGGAACCUAGAAGAGCUAAUUUGUACAGCUGGCGCAACCCGAGUUUGUCCUUACGUUCUUUAGAACCUCGGCCGUAUGACUUACCGCCAAGAAAUCAAACCAACCACCCAACGUCCUACAGAAAUCCUUAUGAGCCCCCUUAUCACGGUUACAGAGGGAUUGAUGGUCCACGUUUGGAUCCAGGUUAUGGGCCCAGUUCUAGAUCUGGACCAGGUUAUGAACCCAGUUCUAGAUCUGGUCCAGGUUAUGGACCUAGUCGAGAUUACGAACCUAGUUCUAGACCUGAACCAGGUUAUGGGCCCAGGUCUGGUCCAGAUUAUGUGCCUAGUCAACCUGAUCCAAGUUAUGGACCCAGUCUUAGACCUGACCCAGGUUAUGCACCCAAAACAAGUUCCCGAAGAGAUCUUUAUGUCCCUACUGCGAUGCUAAGAGCCCGAAGAAAUCAAGAAGCUCCAAGAAAUCCAACCCUAAUCCCAGACUACGUAAGACCUGACAGACUUAUGAUGCCUCAAGUUUCAGCAUCAGCUCCGAUUAUUCCAAGAGAGAGAAGAAGAGAAUUCCCUGUCCCUCCUCCGAUCCCCGAGAGAUGGCGUACCCAAGCUCCCGACAGUACUGACGAGUUUUCUGAGAGAAGGAGCGCUAGGCGACGUAAGUUUGAUGAUACGUUGAAUAAUAGACCUGGUGAUAAUAUCAAUUGUUCUGUUCCUUUAGCUAUGCAUCAGAAGAGACAGCGAUCACGUUUUGAAUAU